UUGUUUCUUCUAACAAAAGAGUUGAGUGCUAUUAAAAAUAAAUCCAUCAGGAAAUUUGUUUUUUAAAGAGAGUGCAUAUGUAAAGUUAACGAUAUAAUUCUGAAAAUGAAAAGAAUUAAGUUUGUCUGACAAUAUUACACAGCCAUCAAGACAUAUUUGUUGGACAGCUUAUGAGUGCUUCUACUGUCAUGACAGUUGCUUGUGUCAACAUUGAUAUAUCAUGAUUGAAGACAUUGAUGAUAAAUUUAGAUGAUGUCAGUUAAUAUGGAAGAGGAAGAUAUGGUACAAGCGGGCAGAACUCGUGACAGUCAAGCUAAAGAAGCAGCCAGGAUUAUUUAUGAAAGUUCUGGACAACCAAUUCGGCCAUCAAGCUAUUCACCAAACUAUGUACCAAAUGGUGUCAAUUCCUCUCUUAGUGAAGCAUGGAUGCAUGGAGGAAGGCUCCAGAUGUCAGCAGUCAGGAGGACAUUUUGUCUAUUGGUGACCUUCGACAUCGGUUUGAUUUUCAUUAUAUGGGUGAUAUAUACACAGUUACUACCAACAUCAGGUGUGAACAAUAGAUGGGACCAGUUUAUAGACCAAGUACAAAAAUAUGACAUAAAGAAAUCCUUGUUUGAUAUAGUUAUGCUGUCAACAGUUAGACUCACCCUGUUGUUACUAGCAUAUGCAUUAUUUAGAAUAAAUCAUUGGUGGAUGAUAGCAAUUACAACUACAUUAUCCUGCUCAUUCCUAUUGGCAAAGUGUUUUGUGUUUAAUUUUGCUGAUACAGAGCAUGACAAUGCAUAGGCUAUGUAUUGUUGAUAGUAUCAUUUAGCAUGGCAUGGGUUGAGACAUGGUUUCUGGAUUUUAAAGUCUUGCCAUCUGAGAAAAAGGCAAGAAAGAAAGUAACUAUGGGUCACUAUGAUGAAAGAUCACCAUUGCUUGGAGAUGUAGAAGGUCAGAGACGUGGUAGAGAAGAUGCUGAAUACUACAGUCCAGAAAACAGUGAUGAAUCUGAUACAGAUGUGGAGAGAAGUGAAGGGACAAGAGGACACAGCAGACAGGCAAGUCACUCGUCUGUUAACAGUUUUAUCAGUUUUAGGGAGCAGGAAUAUAUUCAGUUAGGUGAUGAGUUAAUGGAUAUUGUAUGGGAAAUGCAUCAAACUAAAGAUGGUUGGAAAUUAGAGAAGGGAGAUAACCCAGAAGAUGGCAUUGUUCACAGUAUAUACAAUAAAAAAAUUAAGAGGAAAGUUUAUAGACUGCAGAGUGAGGUAGAUUUUAGAGCUCAAUAUCUAUGGGAGGAGUGUGCAUAUAAUUUAGAAGAGAAUUCCCACUGGAACCCAACCUGUGUAGAAAGCAGAGUAUUACAAGCCAUCAGUGAAAAUACAGAUAUAGCUUAUACCAUUGCAGCUGAAGCUGCUGGAGGUAUUGUGGCAGCUCGGGACUUUGUUAAUCUACGAAGAUGGGGAGAGAGAAAUGGACAAUAUUUAUCUUUAGUUACACACACAACUUUCUCAGGAAUGCCUCAUCAGAAAAAAUAUGUCAGAGGUGAAAAUGGUCCAGGAGGAUUUUUAUUUGUACCUAUACCAAAUGAGCAACAUAAAUGUCAAUUUUUAUGGUAUCUCAAUACAAAUCUAAAGGGAUGGUUACCACAGCAGGCUAUUGAUGUAGGACUAACAGGAGUAAUGCUUGACUACUUAAAAUAUCUUAGAAUACACAUUGAGGACCUCAAAAACAGGGAAAAAUCCUGAGAAUAUAGAAAAGAAGGGAAAGAAAAUUGUAUUUUCAUUUUAACAAAAUAAGCAUUCUGUGAUUAGUAUUACAAUGAUUUAAAAUUUAGGUUGAUUUGAUUACAUGUUAUUGUAUGGCAGAAGAAUGUGUCAUUUAUUAUGUUUAUGAAGAUAAAGAUUUUUGGUGUGUGUGAAUUUUUUGAUAAUAUAUAGAUGGAUCAUGGAUAACCUUUUUUUUAAAACAAUUAAAUUUUAUUUGUAGAGCUUGAAACAAAACAAAAACAUUUUAACAGAGUUUUAUCUUAUUUUGUGUGGACAGUAUAAAUUAUGUACCUAUGUUUGAGUUGUAUAAGACAAUUUAUGAAGUUUCAUGGAUUGCCUCUGAGGCUCAUGGGUUCAAGCAGCUUUUUUUGUGUCAUUUGAUGGAUCCUUUGAAUGACCUAAAAACCCCUUGUUAAAAUUGUUUGAAAUGAUAACUUUAUUGGUACAUUUGUAUAUAUUUCUGAAUCAUAAGUAGUUAAUUGUGAUAAUAAAUUGUCAGGAUUUAGGUUUAAUAAAUGAUUUUCUUACUUACUUUAUGAUCCUCAGGUGUUUUUCAUAGGAUGUGAUGAUCACUAAUUUUGAAAUGAAAUGACAGCUUCUUUCACAGGAAUCAUAGCUCUUGCAGAUAUAUUGCUGAAACAAAUUUGUCUUUGUUGAUAAAAAAAAAUUGGAUUAAAUGUGAACCAAAAAAUGCAGUAAUUGAGAUUAAGCUUAUUAUGAUUUGGAAAUGAUAUUACUCUUUAAAUUGAAGAAAUAAAAAAAGUAUGACAAUACUUAUGAACUCAUCAUGAUAAAAUAUUUUACAAUGGU